GCGUCCAAGGCUCCACGCCUGGCCAUAGCACCGUUUUGAGAUUUCGCGGAGCGCCUACUCACCUCCGACACUGCAGUAGGGUUUCUGUCUCCCCGCGCCGAUCUCGUCCCCGCCGCCGGCCCGCCGGCCUUCCUGCUCGUCUUCUCCCUCUCUCUGUCGCCACCACCGCCCUCCUCGCAUCCCCAGCAGCUGCUCUGCACGUUUCACCCCCUGAUUUGGUUCAUCGUCCGGUGGAUUUCGCGGUGGGGCUGGGGUUUUGGGCGGGCGGCGUGCGUAUUGAUGCGGUAGGAGCGGACGCUGAGAAAGCUUCGCGGAGACGCGGAUGGAGGCGCUCCCUUCGUCGCCGAGGCAUCCUCCCAAGUACGGCAGCGCCGUCGUCCAGAAUGCUUUGGAGCAGCUGGCAUCCAUUGAUCUCAUUGAGCUAUGCAAGGAGGCCAGAAUUGAGCACUGCCGUGCAACUAGAGACUUGAGUAGCUGUGGCCGCUAUGUGCAUCAUGUGCUUAACUCAUGUGGCCAUGCCUCGUUAUGUGCUGAGUGCAGCCAGAGAUGUGACGUCUGCCCAAUUUGCAGAACUCCAAUACCAGACAAUGGAAAUAGGGUCCGGCUACGCCUUUACUACAAGUGCCUGGAAGCAGGCCUUAUAUCUAAGCAGCACGAUGAAAGGUUUCAGGAAAAGGAAGACCGCGGCAAUCCUGUUAACAUGGAUGUCCAGCGGCUGCAUUCCUUGUUUGAUGUUGCGCUCCAGAACAAUCUGACUUCUUUGGUUUGCCACUAUAUCACUGACGUUUGUUUGGAUGAGAACGCCGUGUCAAGUGAUCCACUUCUGGCUUUUCUUUUGGAUGAGGUGGUCAUCAAGGACUGGUGCAAGAGGGCUGUUAAUGCUCUCAUUUCUGAGAUUGGCAUGAUUUAUAGAUCUGGAUCAGAAAUGAUGAAGUCUAAGUUAUCCCAACUGCAAAAGUUUGCAGGGCAGUUGGCAGGAAUUUCCAGUGUGCUUGAAGUUAUGAUCGCAUCUUUCACCGAAGCAGUUUCGGCUCAUGUUAAUGACCUACAUCAACUCAUUGAGAAGACAUUGAAGGCAAAGCAGCAUUUGGAGGCCAUGAUAUGGUGCAUCAGGCAUAGAUUUCUUGAGGAAAUUUGCUCACGGUACGCUGAUUUUACAUCGUGGAGCUCUGACAUGAUUAAAAGAAAGGCAUCUGCAAAACAAAGACAAUGGCCUGAAUUUCCUGAUGAAUCGGCAUGUUACAAUGAAGCCAAUCGCUGUACACUGUUCAUUGAGCAGGCACUGCAAAACCUUGGGAUUGAACAAAGUUAUAGGGAUAAUGAGGAAGAAGUGUCAAUUACAUGCUUGCAGAAUGAACAAUCAUCCUCUAUGUUCUGUUCCACAAUUACAACCGAUCAGUUUAGCGUAAAUCGAUACCCGUUUAAAAACUUACGUGAGGCAGUUGAUGUGCUCUUUCUACAUGGAGUAUCUGACAUGGUGAUUGCAAAGCAAGCAAUUUUAUUGUAUUAUCUAUUUGAUCGUCAUUGGACUAGACCAGAUUCAGAAUGGAGGUAUCUGGUGGACGAUUUUGCUGCUACCUUUGGGAUUCCUAGUAGAACAUUGCUUGAAUGCCUUGUAUUUUGUCUUCUAGAUGAUCAUUCUUCACAGGCUUUGGAGGAGGCAUGUUCGCUCCUUCCCAAGAUCUCUAGCAAGGAAACACAUCCAAAGAUAGCACAAGUUCUUCUGGAACGUCACAGACCUGAUAUGGCACUGGUUGUGCUAAAGUGCUCAGGGCGUGAUAGCUUCUCUGCUACAGCAAACAUUGAAAAAGAUGUCAUGGCAUCUCUUAGUGAGGCAGUGACUGCAGUCCGGGUAAGACUUGAAUAUGGCCAUCUAACAGAAGCAUUUAUGUGUCAUAGGAACUACUGCUCUAGGAUAAAAGAGCAAAGAUCAGCAGAUAUGACACAUGUUGAGGAUGCACUCAGAAGCUCUUGGAUUUAUCAUGUCGAGGUGAUGAUGACCGAGUUUUGCAAUAUCUGCAUUGAGAGAAAUUAUGUUAAUAAAAUGAUUGAUCUGCCUUGGAAUUCUGAGGAAGAGAAACAUCUUCACAAGUCCCUCUUCGAUUCUGCUCGUGAGAUGCCCACGGAGCCAUGUGGUAGUCUGCUUGUUGUUUUCUACCUUCGGCGUCAUCGAUAUUUGGAGGCAUAUGAAGUUGAUCGUAGUCUUCAGAGAUUUGAGCAAAAGAAAUUGGAAACUGCUACUGAAGAGAUUGCAUCAAAGAUCAGAACAAUUGCUCAAUGGAGGGAAAGAUUAGUUGCUAAAUGCCUUGAGAUGCUACCUGAGGUCCAGAGGGAGAAUGUGAACGCUAUCAACAGUGGAGAACAAAGUCAAUUUGGUCGAACUGCUCAAAUGUCUUCUCCAGUUAGUCAUGUGGUCAAAUCACAAAAUCUUGCCAUGGAGUUGAGCUCAUCUUUUCCCCCUGUUCCUCAAAGGAAGUCCAGCCUCCACUCAAAAGAUAUCAAUGCAUUGACUGAUUCUGGUGGCCUGCUAAGUAGUGUCCGUUCAGAGUUUGGCAGAAAGGUUCCAUCUAUUCUACAAUCCAGAGCAGUUCCCCAGGGGACACCUACAUCCAAUAUGAGAUCGACCGCAGGGGGUAUAUUCCCCUCUGUGGGCCAGAAUGGUGAGAGUCCAUUUUUAAGGGGGGCUAAAGAACUCAGUUCUAUAAAAGGAGAGUCAGGUUUUAGAAAUGGAACUAAACCUGCUGAUCAUGAUUCACGUCCAUAUUUCAGCUUCAGUUCUGGUGAUACACCUAUGAAAGACUGCCAAACAAGUUUGUUGAAGACUGAGGUUAACAAAACCAAUUUUUUUCAAGGAAAAGAGUCUGUUGGAAAAGGAGAGUUUCACUUUGGUUCACGUGCUGGGAAGCCCUUCAUCUUAAGUGGAACUGGUGUUGGUCAAAAUGGCCUCUCCAAGGUAUCUGAGAAUGCUGGUUUUCAUGAGGAUCAUAUCCAUAAAACCGGAGUAUCAUCUAAGGAGAACAUCUUGAGCUUUAGCAAAAAAUCUUCACUUGAUGAAGCAGCAGCCGGCAAAGGUGGGUCAAGGUGGAGAUCUGAUGAGUCUAGUGAAGAUGAAGACGAGAAAAGAAUGAACAUGGAGAGUGGAGCUUCUCUUGGUAGCAGAAGGCGACCAAGAUUUUCUAGAAGAUGAUAGAUCCUCAUCCUCAGGGAUUUUAAUUGUUAGCAGGAGAUAAUUCUUUGGAAUAUCUUCAGUCGUUAUCCCCUAAAUGUGUAACAUCAUUUUUUUUGUGGAAAAGUGUAUCGAAAUGUAGUUCAUUUAGAUAAUACUCAUCCUCAGGGAUUUCCUAGAAGAUGUUAUAUUUUCUGGUGAGAGGAAAUCUGUCGCAACUAUCUUGCAAAAA